GUCCGUAGAAAACAAAACAAACAGUCAAAAUUUAGCAUCUUCAAACCCAGCAAAUUAACACCCACCAAAAAUAGAUUCCUCAAAGGAUUCCCCAACUUGCCUAACGACCCCCUUCUUCCAUGUUUCCCUGAGGGCCCUUCUGCAAACCCAGCCCUAGGGAGAUGAUCGACGCCUGCGGAGACUAAGGAAGAAGAAGAAGAAGGAGAAGAAGUUGGCCAUGUUUGAAGGCAGGCAGGCUCACAGCUUGAUAUUGGAGAACACCAAUGGCGAGGUUAAUGGAGAACAUCAUGAGAGGAUGUUUAGGAGCCAAGGUAGUUGUAGCUCGUCGUGUCUUAACGGUCAGCAGAUGAUUGGGACGGUGCUUGAUACCGCCGCCAGCGCCAAGAUUCCAAAGUCUAGACUCGGUGGUGGAGGAGGAGGGACGCCUCGCGAAGGACCUUCAGAUGUUGAGCUGAUAAAGGAGAGGUUUGCAAAGCUACUUCUGGGUGAAGACAUGUCAGGAGGAGGAAAAGGAGUUUCAUCAGCAUUAGCUCUCUCCAAUGCCAUCACAAAUCUUGCUGCUUCUGUAUUCAGUGAGCAAAAUAGAUUGGAACCCAUGCCUGCUGAAACAAAGGCCAGAUGGAGGAGAGAAAUUGAUUGGCUUUUAUCGGUCACCGAUCAUAUUGUCGAAUUUGUUGCGUCACAACAAGUAUCAAAGGAUGGAACCAACAUGGAGAUAAUGGUAACACAACAACGCAAAGAUCUCCUAAUGAACAUUCCAGCAUUGCGCAAGCUCGACGCCAUGCUCCUUGGGUAUUUGGACAAUUUUAAAGAUCAGAAUGAGUUUUGGUAUGUAAAGAAGAAUGCCGAUGAUGAUGAUAAUGGGGGUGCGCCAGGGAACGAUAAAUGGUGGCUCCCCCAAGUGAAAGUCCCUCCAGAAGGUUUAUCUGAUGUCUCAAGAAGAUGGUUGCAGUUUCAGAAAGAAUCAGUGAAUCAAGUUCUCAAGGCAGCUAUGGCCAUCAAUGCUCAGGUUUUGAUGGAAAUGGAGAUUCCUGAAUCAUAUAUCGAAGCAUUACCGAAGAAUGGGAAGGCAAGCCUUGGAGAUGCAAUAUAUCGCGGUAUAACAGUGGAUGUGUUUGAUCCUGAACAAUUCCUUCAAUCGAUAGACUUGUCAACAGAGCACAAGGUGGUUGAUCUCAAGAACAGAAUAGAGGCAUCCAUAGUCAUUUGGAAAAGAAAGAUGCAAAACAAAGAAAGCAAAUCUUCUUGGGGUUCAGCUGUGAGUCAUGAGAAAAGAGAGCAGUUUGAAGAGAGAGCAGAGACUAUUUUGCAUCUUAUUAAGCAUAGGUUCCCUGGGAUUUCUCAGUCUACACUGGAUAUUAGCAAGAUCCAAUUCAACAAGGAUGUUGGCCAAGCUGUUCUUGAGAGCUACUCAAGAAUUCUAGAGACCUUGGCCCACGCAGUAAUGACAAAAAUCGAAGAUGUCCUUGACGCCGACGCCAAAGCCGUGGACCCCACCCAUGACAGAAAGCAAGUCCAUACAGAACCAAUAAAGAAACUGGAUCCUAAAGAAGAGCUCGAGAAGCUCAACAACAUGGACCCACCAAACUCAAUGACACUCUCUGAUUUCAUGGGAUGGCAUCUGGAUCAAGAUGCCGAUGCAGAGAAGAAGGAAACAGGUGGUACUGGGGAGAGUGACGGGAACUCCUUGAAGAAGCCUCCUAAAGUUGCAACUCACAAAAAGUUUUCUUAUAUAGAGAAGCUUGAGAACUUGGGAGGGUUAAGAAGUCCAACAGCUCGCCAUUGAUAGAUGAUAGUAAAAAAAAAAACUGUAUAUAGAAUUGAAAAGGUACACAAGAAGCUUGAUGCUUGUUGUAAAAUGAUUGAAGUGCUUCUUUAUUCUCAAGUUGUUUGUGGGUAUAGAAAGUGUUGUUUCUGUGCUGAUGCUUGUGGUGAUUGUUAUAUCUGUUAAUUUGCUUUGAAGGUUA